UACAUUUUAUGACUGUAUUAGCUCUUGGUCUGGAUCGGCUACAGGCAUGCUUUUUAAUCUUUAUUUGUUCGAGAAUUUAUGACUUUAUUAAACAAGUUUGGAAGAGGAGUAGUUCGACUUCUUAAAUUGGGAUAUAACUCUUAAAUAGUCAUUAUGUCCUCAGGCUUACACUUGAAAGGAUAUAAAGUCAAAUAUUUUGAAUGAUUCUGCAGAUGUUUGAAACUUGACGGAAUUUGUUUUACUGGAGGAUAGUCAAAUCAAACCAAAUAAAAUGGUUUGUAAUUAUGGACAAUUGGCUCUGGGGUGAUUGGGACUAUUGACUUUGUCCCACCUGAUUUAAGAUUUGUUUGCGAAAUGUUGAUAAAGUGUGACCAAAGUUUACACUGGCUGGAGACAUAAAACAGAAAAGGACAAACUGAAAAUUGAAUAUGAUGUCCAUUGUCUAUGCUGGAUGUCAUUUACGCGCAAGUUGUGAUCAUAGAAUCAUUGUACCUUGAUUCAUCAUUUGCAGAAAUGAUAUCUUUCUGCAGUUCUUAUAGUUGGAACUUUGAUAGGAGAACCUAAUUGAUCAUGACAUUGUAGGGGCAUUCUUGGAUGGCUGUAAGAAUGGACAACAUGGCCAAGAAGUGUCGGAAUAUCUUCAUUGUUCAUGAAAUUGUGUGUGCUGAUUGAUAAACAAUUCAAAGCUCCAUGAGCAUAAGCACAAGCUUUUUUUAUGAAACCUUCCCACAUACAUAAAAAAUAUGUUUUGUAUUUGACAUGAUUUAAUGGGACAUUUACAUCUGGAGCCACUUGUAGAGCUAUCAAGAGCCACAUUGAUCUCAAAUAGUACUCUUGGACUUGAAGAACUAUUGGUGUAGUGAUUAUGUUUGGUUUGUCAAAGACCUCUGUUGUCCUGGUGCCAGUUUCUUUGCUGUUGUGCUUGCAAUAUUUCCCUGGAGUUCUCCAACCUUUGGUUGUCCUGGAGGCACUGCAGAAGGUGUGUUUUGCAGUAUUGCGGAUACUCUGGAAGGUUCUUAGUGCUUGGCUCGUCACCAGCUUUUUGGUGUAUGCAAUGGUAUCUUGCUCAGAGAAGUUAGAAUCACAGACUUCUGAGAGCACCUACAAUGAAUACGAUGACAGUGCGAUUACAGACAUGAGUGAGGAGGGGACGUCGUCGCCGAGCCCCCUCAUCAACCUGGAGAUGGACGAGGGCGUGGAAGCCUUGAUGACCAUGGACUUCAUUCCUAGUACCCAAAGCAACCCCGGUAUGGCCUUUUCUGUUCCUGUCAUCAACGGUUCCGAAGAGAACUUUGAGGACUUUGGCGAGAACGAUGCAGGCAUCGAGCUGGAAGUCCAGGAUGCCAGCAGCCUCUCUGAUUCGGCAGAGACGGCCAUCACCGACAGACAGACCCCGACGAAUUUACUAAAUGGCUUGUCUCCUUAUGAAAGUCGGAAGCCGUACAUGUCCAAGAAGGAUGUGUGGUCACACAUUCAUCAUAACCAUCAUCAUAAAUGCAUUCAUUGCAAUGGAUACAUUUAUAGCCCUUCAAAAAGAGUUUCAUCCAGUGACGUAGCAAGUCAGUUGUAUCGAUCUUCGUCAUCACACAAUAUACCUAAAGGAGCAAUAGAGGAGGUUUAUGGAGAGUAUGCAGCAUCGGACAGUGAUGUUCUAGAACUAAAUGACAAGGUUCGAGAUUUAGAAUCACAAAUCAGCCAUCUUGAAGUUGAUAAAAAUAUGAUCGAAGAUACAAAGGCACAGCUGAAAAAUGAGAAUCGACAACUUCAUAAACGAAUUGUUUACCUUGAGGACCAGCUGCGUGAGAUGGAGAGAAGACAAACAGAAUAUCUGGAGAAAGAAGAUAAGAGAUCUCAGGAGAAAUUGGCAAAGCAGCACAAGCAUUUACAUGAAGAAAUCGAAGCAUUGCAAACCAAAGUGUCAGUACUAGAAAAAGAAAAUGAAGAUUUCUCGGAAGAAGUGCCUAAACUUAAAAGUCAAAUUGAAACGUUAAAGCAGGACCGGGAUAAACUUGAAAGGGAUCUCCGAGAAGUUGAUAAUAAUUGGUUAGCGCUGUCGUCUGAAUACCAAAGGAAACAGGACGAGCAUAGAAUAGAGAAGGAGGAAUUGGAAGAAGAAAUACAUUCCCAUGCAACAAUAAUGGAUGAGAUGGCUAAGGAAUUGGAGCAGUUACGGAGUGAGGGCCAGUCAGAAAUAGCCAGGCAUGCCAGUCUGAUGCGCAGCCCUAGUAUACAAGACCUUCCAAGUAGAUUCAGUGAGCUGCAGCUUGAGGUCCAUCAAUUGAGAAAGGAGAACAAGCAGUUGAAAGAUUCCAACGAUGAGAUGAGUGCACAAAUCUUGAACAACGGUAUCCAGAUUGGAAGGAGUUUACUACAUAGAGGAACGUCAAAGUCAGAAUCGUUUGCUGCUGAGCUUGAGAAGGCUUCUAAGGAUGAGAUUAUGAAUGCUUUGAAAGAAGAAGAGCAGAUGAAUCGUGACCUGAGGGGUUACAUCGGUCAGAUACUCACCAAGAUCAUCGAGAACCAUCCAAAUCUUCUCGAGAUCAAACCACGUAGUCAGAGCGUCAGCUCGGUCAGCAGCUUCAGCUCCUACUCAUGACAUCAACCUUGAACUUUGAACUCUGAGGUGUGAACUUCAUGCAUCAUUUAGCAACCUAUGGGGUUUGACUAUUUUUGCAUCAGAGAUGUGUGAACUGUAGGUGGCGCUUUCUCACCGCGUUCGUGAAUUUGUACUGAUGAGGACUGAUGUACUUCGCUUCAAGCUCUGUACUUGUCUCCUGACCUCGACGUGACGGUGCCUCCGUUUUUGCCUCCAGAUAGAUGUUGCUUUUAUGUGUACCUCCGCUUGUACUAAACUCUUCGCUGUGGAUUUAAAGUGAUGAACUCUCAUGCUCGGACCUGUAGAGGGCAGCAUUUCAUGAUGUCAUCAAGAAGGAGCACAGUGCUGUCAAUGCACACACUUCCGUUAAGAAGCUCAAAACAAAUUGCGUACUAUCAUUGUGUUUGACAUUCAAGCAAAGAGUCCACAUAGUACUAUAAUUGCAUCGAUUCCUUGCCUGCAUUCUUAGUACUUACUUUCGCAUGAGGAAAGAAGACUUAAUUUCAAGGUUGCUUGAAUAGAAUUCAUGAGCAUCUUAUCACUAGGCGCUCACUCUGUCUCGACUGAAGAUUGCAUACAGCGCGAGACACAUUGAUUUGCACUUUGCUUAAACCACUGUUCAAUACUUACAUUAAGUUUCUUACAUAAAGUGGUUUUCAGCAACUUCUGAAGCUAUGUGCAAUGAAUAUAAGUCAAGACGAUUCAUACAUUGGGAUAUUUUUAACGGCUUUAAGGUUGUUGAGUAACUUUCGCAAAAUUUUACCAAUCGACUGUUGCAUGAUCAUCAUUAUUUUGAUGAUUGUCAGCCUUUUUUAAAAUACAAAAUACAAUCUCUUUUUAUUAAAAGAGAAACCAAAAAAUUGUCUUCAGUUUGCAGUGCCAUACUCGCUACAGGGAAAUUCUGAUUAUUUGAUAGUACAUAUUAUUUUUUAUUACAAGUGUAUUGCUGUGCCGUUAAUCUUUCCUUUUAUAUUAAGGAUGCAAAUGUGUUGUUUGCAUUUUUAUUCUUUUUUUGGUACUUGGAUAUUUCAUGAAACACUUAGGUACAUCACCAUUUUCAAAAUAAGUCAUAUGAUGUUUCAUAUUUAUGGAGUCUGGACAGUACUUAGUACAGAAGAGGAUAGAUUGUAAAGGCCAACGCACACCUUACGACUGUUCGCGAUCCGAUUUUGGAACAAAUCGCAUUUUGCGCAUUUUCUGAAAAUGUGAAUGGAA